CGCCGAUCGAGCACUGGGCACCCGGAGCCCUUGUUCAUGGUCCUUCGAGGGCUCGGCCUUCUCGCGACCGCCGUGCUCCGAUCCCCGCCAUCGCCACCUCCGGCGAAGUCGAUGUUCUGAACGGUGCGAGCGUUUUGAAGAGCCAGAUGGUUCCUUCCAGUAAACGAGAAAUGGAACAUCCAGAAGAUGAGUGUCGGAUGGUUGGUGAACAUCAUGGUAAACAGGAUGAUGAGGAAAGUGCUGCUCGCCUUGAUGAAUAUAAGAAAUCAAUUGAUGCAAAACUUGCUCUCCGUCAUAUCAAUCUGAAUCCUGAAAGGCCAGACUCAGGUUUUCUCAGGACGUUGGACUCCAGUAUUAAACGCAAUACAGCGAUUAUUAAAAAGCUUAAACAGAUAAAUGAUGAGCAACGAGAAGUUUUGAUGGAUGAAUUAAGAAGUGUCAACUUAAGCAAAUUUGUCAGUGAAGCUGCAGCAGCUAUUUGUGAUGCCAAGCUUAGAACUUCAGAUAUACAAGCUGCUGUGCAGGUCUGCUCGUUGCUUCAUCAGAGAUACAAAGACUUCUCCCCUUGCUUUAUUCAGGGCCUGUUGAAAGUAUUCUUUCCUGGAAAAUGUGGUGAUGAUUUGGAUACAGAUAAAAACAUAAGAGCAAUAAAGAAAAGGAGCACUCUGAAACUUCUAAUGGAACUUUAUUUUGUUGGAGUUGUAGAGGAUGUCUGCAUUUUUGUAAAUAUUAUAAAGGAUCUUACUAGCUUGGAACAUUUAAAGGAUCAGGAUGUAACUCAGACAAAUUUGUCCCUUCUCACCAGUUUUGCUCGACAAGGCAGGUACUUCUUAGGGCUCCAUCAGCCGGGACAAGAAGUUCAUGAUGAGUUCUUUAAGGGCCUUAAUGUCACUGCAGAUCAAAAAAAAAUUUUCAAGAAAGCAUUUCACUUAUAUUAUGAUGCUGUAGCUGAACUACUUCAAUCUGAGCACAAUCAGUCUCUUCGAAUGAUGGAACUUGAGAAUGAAAAGAUCUUUAGUGCUAAAGGGGAGCUCAGUGAUGAGAAUGCAGCUUCCUAUGAGAAGCUUCGGAAGUCUUAUGAUCACCUACUUCGUGGUGUCUCCUCUUUAGCUGAGGCCCUUGAUGUGCAACCUCCAGUAAUGCCAGAUGAUAGGCGCACGACUAGGGUAACCACCGGUGUUGAAGUAUCAUCUUCAGCUUCUGGCAAGGAGUCUUCUUUGUUUGAACCUGUAUGGGAUGAUGAAGAUACAAGGGCAUUUUAUGAAUCCUUACCUGAUCUGAGAGCUUUUGUUCCUUCUGUAUUAUUGGGAGAAGCUGAGCCAAAGGUAAAUGAGCAACAUCCGAAGACACCAGAACAACAAAGUGAAUCUCCCAUGGAGCCAGACAUCGAAGUCCAAGAUAUUGCUGAGACCUGUGCAGACGCAGAACCUUUACCAGAGGGAAAAGUAGAGGAAAAAGGCAAGGAUAAAGAGGACAAAGAUAAGGAAAAGAUGAAAGAUUCUGUAAAAGAAAAAUCAAAAGAGAAGGAUACUGAAAGGAAAGGAGAAGGUGAAAAGGAUAAAGUUAAAGUCCUUGAUGGUACAAGCUUGGAUGGUCUGUUACAGAGGCUUCCAGGUUGUGUGAGCCGUGACCUCAUUGAUCAGUUGACGGUUGAAUUUUGCUACUUGAAUUCGAAGGCAAAUCGAAAGAAACUUGUUAGGGGUUUGUUCAAUGUCCCGAGGACUUCCUUAGAAUUACUACCAUACUAUUCUCGAAUGGUAGCAACAUUGUCGACAUGUAUGAAAGACGUUCCAACUAUGCUUUUGUCGAUGUUGGAAGAAGAGUUCAACUUUUUGAUUAAUAAAAAGGAUCAGACAAACAUAGAGACAAAGAUAAAGAACAUCAGGUUUAUUGGAGAGCUGUGCAAAUUUAAAAUUGCACCUGCAAGCCUUGUUUUUAGUUGCUUGAAGGUUUUGGAGGAGAUUAGGCUAGGGUUGGAAUUGAAUGAUUAUGGGAUGCAGCAGCGGCGCCUUGCUCACCUGCGAUUCUUAGGAGAGCUGUACAACUAUGAGCAUAUUGAUUCAUCUGUAAUUUUUGAAACAUUAUACCUGAUUAUCAUUUUUGGACAUGGAACACCAGAACAAGAUGCACUGGAUCCACGAGAAGACUGCUUCCGGAUCAGGAUGAUAAUAACACUUCUUCAGACAUGUGGUCAUUAUUUUGAUCGAGGUUCUUCAAAGAGGAAGCUUGAUAGAUUUUUGAUGUAUUUUCAGAGAUAUGUCCUUAGCAAAGGUCCAAUACCGCUGGAUAUUGAGUUUGACAUUCAGGAUAUGUUUGCCGAGUUACGACCAAACAUGACUCGUUACUCAUCCAUUGAGGAAGUCAAUGCUGCAUUGAUUGAACUUGAAGAACAUGAGUGCAUGGCCUCAAUAGAAACGGCCAGCAGUGAGAAGCACUCGGAUAGUGAAUCUCAGAAAACUCCAUCACAAACAGCCACUACUAUCACAGCCAAUGGCAGCAUCUUGGCAAACGGAAUGGAGGAAAAUGGCAGGAGCCAUGAAGAUCCACCAGACAGUGAAAGCUAUUCGGACAGUGGCAGUAUUGAUCAGGAAGGACAUGAAGAUGAGGAAGAACUGUUGUACGAGGACAAAUCAGAUGACAGAUCUGAAGGGGAUGGUGAUGAUGAAGAUGAUGGGGGACCCAUUGGUUCUGAUGAGGAAGACAGUGUUCAGGUCAGGCAGGAGGUGGUGGAAGUUGAUCCCAAGGAAGAAGAGGACUUCGACCGGGAGCUGAGAGCCCUAAUGCAGGAGAGUUUGGAGUCCCGCAAGCCAGAGCUACGGGCCAGGCCCACUCUGAACAUGAUGAUACCAAUGAAUGUUUUUGAGGGGUCUAGAGAUACACGGGCCACUGAGGGGGAGAGCGGGGAGGACACGAUGGAUGAGGAGGGUGGCAGUGGUGCAGGGAACAAGGUGAGAGUGAAGGUGCUUGUUAAGAGGGGGAACAAGCAGCAGACAAAGCAGAUGUAUAUUCCUCAGGACUGCUCCCUCGUGCAGAGCACAAAGCAGAAAGAGGCUGCGGAGCUGUUGGAGAAGCAGAGCAUUAAGCGGAGGAUCCUGGAAUACAAUGAGAGGGAAGAGGAGGAAUCAAAUGGGAUCUCAUCCCAGACUGGAACUUGGAUACAAACUGGGGGCAGCAUUGGUAGCACUAGGCCGGUGGGUCGUGGCAGUUGGGAUGGUGCAGGAAGGCAAGGAGGAGCACGGCAGCGGCACCAUUCAUCUGGUGGGUUUUAUCAUGGACAUGGCAGGAGAAGAUGAAUGGUUGGCAGUGAUUGGUGCCAUGAGUACUUUUUGAUUUUUCUUGCAAAUGAAUAGCAGGUUUAUCAGAAAGGAUGGUCACUGGAACUGCAAUCUCAGCCCGUGUCAACCUCAAAUUUGAUAACGGUGGUAGUCACAAAUCCCAAAUCAAAUCCAUUGAAACUUCGUGUUAUAGCUCGUCCAUGGGAAAAUGCCUUUUAGGGGCAGUCCUACCAAUUGAAGCUGCUGAGCCUUUGUGGCAUGCUUCUCCAGAGCAAGCUUUUGACGAAUCUGCCAAUGCUCUGUGUAGUUGUCUUGGUUAGGGUUGUUUGAUGAUGGGAGUCUCGAAGUUAAAAUUAGAUAGUAUUCAUGCUUGUGCUGGAAAUUUGGAUCUCUUAUGUGAGAUUACUGCUAUUUUGUUGUGUGAGGAGGUUGCUGACAUGAAAGCUAGUUGUUAGCCUACUACUGGAGAUCUGCAGUGUACAUAGAACGGACUUGUACGUGGAUAUGGAUGUAGCUUGCUUAUUGUGCUUACCAAAGUGCUACUGCUUCCAUAGUGUUGCUUUAAGACUAGGGCCUUGGAUGAUAUUAUUUUUAUACAGUUCACAAGAUUUAGAAAGCCUUCUGAUAUGCCCAAAUCGCGGGUAGAUGUCCCCGUCCUGGUAGGAUUGGCCGCCUGGCCAAUUCAAAACCGAGUUAACAGAGUUUAAAAGUUGUACGUAAAAAAGGUGAUUGAAGCCUUGGUAAGGAUGCAAAUCACUCAACCAUUGAAAGAUGGUCUCUGGUUGUUUUAUUGUGAUUUUAAAAGAUAUAUAAUCAAGUAUAUUUAUUGUGA